UUUUUCCAAACGUAACGGACAAGCGGUAAACUGCGCUGUAAUCGAUCCACAACAGUUCUGCUAACGUACGCACCACCUUCCUUCUCCAAAUUGGAUGCGCCUCUCCACCGAAGAGAACCACAAUACCCAUCAUUACCGCCCUAUCCCUACCCCACCCCCACCGGGAACCCACACCAACUUCCUCCUCACUAACAUGCGCCAUCAGCUGCUCUCUUACUCCAUAGCCAUGGCACCUUCCUCCUCAAUCUCUCUCUCUAAACCCCUUAGAAAACCCUCACACUCUGUCCGCGCAAACCCUAAUGUAAACUCCUCAAACAAUUGCCACUCAUCCGCCACCACCGCCCUCCACCUCCAUUGCAAGCACUCCCCUUCCGCCACACUUGACAUUCUAAUCCUCAUCCUCGUCCUCUUCUCCGGAGCAUUCUUGAUCUCCUCCUACUUCUCCUAUAUCUUCCAAUCCAUCUCCCUCCUUGCCCCUUCAUUCUCCAUCUCCGCGCUUUUCUCCCAUCUCAGUUCCGUCGACAUACAAAUCCAUUACGUCCUCUUCAGCUUCUUCUUCGUCUUCUUUCUCGCGGCGGUGAUUGCUUUCGAGAUCUGCUGCGGCAACCGAUCCCGGAAAUGCGGCAAAUCUGGCUGCAAGGGACUUCGGAAAGCGAUGGAGUUUGAUUUGCAGGUCCAGGACGAGGAGUGUUUGAAAUUGGGGGGUGGGAGUAAGGCUGUCAGAGAGAUCGAUGAGCUGCCUUGGAAAGGUGGCACCGAGACCAACCUGGAUUACGAGUGUCUCCGUGCCGAGCUGAGAAAGAUGGCGCCACCAAGUGGACGGGCUGUACUACUAUUCCGGGCUAAAUGUGGAUGCGCUAUUGCUAAGCUCGAAGGUUGGGGUCCCAAGCGUGGGCGUCGCCACAAGAAGAGUCUUGCUCUUAGCGGUAAAGAUCAUCGCUAGCUGCUUACUGCCAUUGAUGGAUGCAUCUCAUCUUUGGAAGUUGUCGUUGCCUUGUGAUUUCAGAACUCAUUCACCUCGUUGUUUCUCUAGGGAGGGGAUGGGCUUAUUCUCCUCCUCCUAACGUGCUGCUUUUCGCCUUCUAACUCUUUACCUAAUGAUAUCUCCAAAAGUUUUUUAUUUUUCUUAAAAUGUAUACCUCAGUGGCCCAAUCAGACUUAUCAGAGUAUACUCAUCAUCAUGAUUCUUGGACUUUUUUAGCAUUACAUAUCUUGAAAUAUAUUUGAAAAUUGCAUGGCCAUCGCUCUUUU